GCAGACGUCGGUGCGUGCAGUGUUUUGGAGUCAUCAGACUGUCAGUCCGCCGCUCCUUCUAUCAGCGCGUGCAGAGUUUGGCCCACUGGGAGCUUACGCUAAACACUUAUUUUCACGCGAAUGUCUUUUUUUCUUUAACUUAAAGUCUGGAAAUACUUUUUUUUCUUUUACAAGCAAGUGCGAUUCCAGUGACUGUAUGUUAUAUCAGCAGACAUUUGGAGCUCGUUGACGAGACCAUUUUUACUGACCGCUGAGGCGCAUUCACGUUUGGGGCUGCGAAAAAUCCCCAUGGAUUUCGUCAGCGACUUUGACCUGAUGAAGUUUGACGUAAAGAAGGAGACGAUGCAGAGCUUGAAUCGCUCCUUCAUCGGGCCGUGCAACCAGCUCCAGAGACCAGACUCCGUCUCCUCCACCCCCGGCAGCACACCUUGCAACUCGGUUCCCUCAUCACCACAUAUCAACCCAAACGAGCAAAGAAACAACUCAGGGGGAGACCAGUUCUGGGUACCCACUAACGGGGGAUACCCUCAUCAGAUGUACCCUCAAGCUUUUGGCCUGACACCCGAGGACGCGAUGGAGGCCCUUAUUGGUGCCACAACGCAGCAGGGACACCCAUCUGCGCCCCACAGCCACCAUCCGCAACCUUUCCAGGCUGAUUACGACGGGUACAGCCACCUGAACGAGCCUGUCCAGCACUACCCAGGCCUUCCGGGUCACCCCGACACUCUGCAAGGCAUCCCUAACAGUCACUGCCAAGACCCCUAUCUCAAAGAUGAAAUGGUGUGCGCGUCUCCUCAGUCACCGGAGACCCAGCGGGUUCUCAGCGCGCACCACCCGCUCCAGCAGCAGCACAGCCGCAACGACAGACGAUCCAGCGCCGAGAUGCACUUCUCAGACGACCAGCUGGUGUCCAUGUCCGUCAGGGAGCUCAAUCGGCUGCUCAGAGGCCUCAGCAAGGACGAAGUGAUGCGUCUGAAGCAGAAGCGCCGGACCCUGAAAAACAGAGGAUACGCACAGUCCUGCCGCUUCAAGCGUGUCCAGCAGAAACACAUUUUGGAACAUGAAAAAACGAGCCUGGUGUCACAGGUCGAGCAGCUGAAACAUGAACUCAACAGACUGAUCCGGGAGAGGGAUGCAUACAAACUUAAGUGCGAGAAACUGUCCGGUGCAAACUGCUACCACGAAACCGGGUCUACCAGCGACAACCCUUCCUCACCCGAGUAUUUAAUGUGAGUCGGUCUCUUUCUUGCGGAACCGAUUCUUUUCCAACAGGAGCCAUUCAUGUUGUCAGCUCAUCAGAUUUUUGUAGCUCAUCACGAGCAUGAGGACAAAGCUCAAACAAAUGUAACACAUAGAAGUUAUGAAUGAAUGCAAUGUGCAUGCGGGACAUGCGUGAGAUGUCUUUAUUUUAUGCUGGCCUGUCUGAAUUUUGUCUGAAAGGAGAUACUUGAAAUCAGAGGAUAUGUGCUUUUAUUAACAUUACAUAUAAUCCUUGUGCUCAAUCUUCAUUUAAGUGAUUUGGGUUUGAUUUAGUUGUAUUAGCUCAAAUUAUAUUUUGUAUUCAUACAAACUGUAAAUGAAAUCAAAUCAUAUCAUACUUCCAUUAUUUUUUAUUAAGCUGAUUCUGCUGGACAGACAUAUUCUACAUUUGCUUUUCUUUUUAAAAUAAAAUACAAUGAUGCA